AUGAGUGUAGAGGCAGAGGCCCUAGUAACUCAGAGCAGGAAGCGGGCGCGCAGGCAAUUGCGCGACAACAGCAAGAAGCAGGCCUCUGCAUCCAGAAUAUUCACGCCAUACAGGGCCAUUGGCCAUGUCGCGAAUCAUGUGCCCUUUGAUAUUCAAGUUCGUGGCAAGCAAUUCCUGCUGACAAGUUGCAUUGGCAGAGCCAUACAGACUUAUGAUUGUGCACGCCUGAACUUGCUCUUCGUGGGCCAGCAAGCAGAUCAUCCAAUCACGGCGAUUGCUUCUAAUGGUGACCUUAUUUACGCUGCAUGUGGCUCUCAAGUAAUUGCAUACAAGAGAGGCAAAGAGCUCUGGCGGAUAGGCGAGAGCGACGGUGCCUUCAUCGACCACAUCACGACUUUUGGCAACUAUAUUUGCUGUGCGACACGCGACAGCCAAUUGAUGGUAUACAACAGCGAGUCACAAGAGCUUCAUACCCAAAUCCAACUGCGUCAGGACGUCACUGUCACGGCCCUGCUGCAUCCGCCAACAUACCUCAAUAAGAUCGUGGUUGCAAAUUCAGAUGGUGUCUUGCAGCUAUGGAACAUCAGGACGGCCAAGUUGGUCUUUCAGGGUGACUCCUUUGGCGAGCAGAUCACAUGUCUAGCCAGCUCGCCGGUCAUCGAUGUGAUUGCACUUGGAUUGCUGGAUGGCACAGUCAUCUUGCACCACAUUCGAGCAAAUGAAACCUUGAUGCGACUGAAGCAAGAAGGGCGAGUCUCUGCCAUUUCGUUUCGCACAGAUGGCAAGCAAAUAAUGGCGACUGCCAACACUGAGGGUUCCAUUGCCUUGUGGAAUCUUGAGAAGGGCAGAAUUCAGCAUGUUCAACGGAUGGCGCAUGGCGCUGCCAUCACAUCUAUGCAGUUCCUCAAUGGUCAGCCAAUUCUCGCAACCGCAGGCGCUGACAAUGCCCUUCGACAAUGGAUCUUUGAGUCUCUGGAUGGCGUGCCACGCAUCCUUCGAGAGCGCUCUGGUCAUCAUGCUCCACCCACAGCUAUACAAUUCUAUGGCGAAACUUCGCAUUUCCUACUGUCUGCCUCACGAGAUCGGUCACUGCGUGGCUUCAGUCUUUACAGCGAUGCACAAACAGCUGAAUUGUCUCAGGGCGCUGUACAGUCCCUUGCCAAUAAAACACACGCGCGGGUGGAUGAUCUGAAACUCCCAGAAAUCAUUGCCAUGGCGUCUCAAUCAACGCGUGAAAAAGACUGGGACAAUGUCUUGACUGCGCAUAAGAAUGACGCCGCUGCACGAUCUUGGCAUUGGCAGAAACGCAGGCUCGGCAGUUUCUUGCUCAAGACAGCCGACAAAGCGGCCGUCAAGGCUGUUGCGCUUUCUCAGUGCGGCAACUUUGGCUUAGUGGGAUCAAACAUGGGCGGUAUCGAUGCGUAUAAUAUGCAGUCUGGUCUACACAGGAAGUCGUACAAAUCUGCGGACGCACCUCACACUAAGGCCAUCUCCGGCUUGCUCUCCGAUGCACUCAAUCAAACACUGCUUUCGGUGUCGCUCGAUGGCACAGUCAAGUUCUGGGACUUCCACAAAGCAACGUUGCUAGACACUCUCGUGAUUGGCGUUGGUUUCACGAGCCUUCAAGCACAUAAGUCAUCCGACUUGGUGGCACUGUCAUGCGAUGACUUUUGCAUUCGCAUCCUCGACGUGGAGACCAAGAAAGUGGUGCGUGAGCUUUGGGGUCAUCAAAAUAGAAUCUCGUCCAUGGCCUUUAGUGAUGAUGGACGCUGGCUCGUCACGGCUGCACUCGACUCGACUAUUCGCACAUGGGAUCUUCCGACUGGUCACACCAUUGAUGCUAUUCGAACAGAUGCCGUGUGCACCUGUGUUGCAUUUAGUCCCAUGGGAGAGUAUUUGGCAACGACGCAUGUCAAUUCCGUUGGCAUACAUCUGUGGACGAAUAAGGCACAAUUUACUGCUAUAUCAACAAGGCAUGUGGGUGAGGAUGAAAUUCAGCGCAUCGAGGUGCCGCUUGCAUCCGGUCAUGGUGGUCAGGGUAUUCUCGAGGUGGCACUCCAGACUAAGCAACAAGACAAUGACGUUGCGCUCGAUGGAACCUUUACGACCGUUGACCAGCUUUCCUCGGAGCUGCUGACCCUGAGUAUGCUGCCAAAGUCAAAGUGGCAGAAUCUUCUCAACUUGGAUCUCAUCAAGCAGCGCAAUAAACCCAAAGAAGCUCCGAAACAACCCGAGCGUCUACCAUUUGACCUAGGUACUCUGCGCGAUCUCAACAGAGGAGAAGGGCUCGUUGCAAACCAGGCAGGGGAAGAGGACAGCUCACGACACCUGGCGCGACUUGGACAUGCAGCAUUCAGCGAGUCGCGUGUGUCUACGUUGCUUGCCGAAGGAAGCGAAUCAUCCGAUUAUCAGACUCUCUUCACGCAUUUCAAGCAGCUCGGCCCAUCGUCGAUCGACCUCGAGCUCAGAUCUCUCUCCAUGGACAAUCAUCUCGCAGAAUUUUGCUGCUUUGUGGAAGCUAUGACGUGGCGUCUCGAGCAACGACGCGACUAUGAGCUUGUUCAGGCUUGGAUGGGCACGUUCCUCAAGGUGCACGGCGACGUGAUUGCCGAGAAUAUUGCGAGCGAGGAGCGACUGGAGCUGGUGCUUGUGAGGUGGCAGAAGGCUCAUGAGAGCGAGCGGACAAGACUCAGUGACCUUGUCGGGUACUGCAGCAGUCUGAUCAAAUUUAUGACUACAAAGUGA